CGAUUCACAUAAUAUAUCCUCAAACAAUUUGCCUUGUAUUUCAGUAUAUAUGGCGAACGUUUUGAUCAAAUUUAACGUCAUAUUUGUUUUCCUUGUAACAUCAGGCAUCAUGUUGGUGCAUGGAACGGAAGGAUCCGUCACCAAAGCUCAAGUGCAUCCCACUGGGUCUUGUAAUAUGUCAUUGGGGCCUUGUUCUUUCGAGUGUUAUGCAAAAUGUUGCGCUGCAAAAUGUCAAGAAAGAGCCAGCGGAGUUGGGAUCUGUGUUAGCAUUGGACGAGGUGUUUCAUUAUGUCAAUGCACAUAUCCAUGCGUUUGAACUUAUAAUAUAAUGUCUAGAAUGUAACAAAUUAUAUUAAACAAUGUGUUACAUUGCUAGGGGCUGAAG